GCUCUCUUUUAAUUAUCUUUAACUCAGAUUUAUCUCACAAAAAGAAGAAGAAGAAGAAGAAGAAGAAGAAGAAGAAGAAGAAAUGAUGGGGAGAAGGACGCAAGCUGUGCUAUAGAAGCUGAUGACAGCUAAAUACAGAUACAAGUGAAAUGAAACAGGGCAGGAAAUUACAGAUCUGCCUCAGGAAGCAACCAAACACAGGGAUCCUGAAAGUGGACAACCUCUUUACAGAUACAGAAUGAGUGGAGUUAACUUGUGUUUUAGUUGCCUGGGAUGUCUUUACAAUCCAAGAAGGCAAUCCCCCCCAGCAUGCCCAAUGCUAUGUUCCUCCUGAUGCUGUGCAAGAUUGGUCUGAGAAGGCAACUGCAGACUACUCCAGAGAAAAUGGUAAACACUUCUCACGGUGAUGAGGAAAAAGGAAUUCAAGACCAGGAAAGCAAGGAGGAAACCAUUUUGGCCAUGCUAGGCAUUAUUGGGACUAUCCUCAACUUGGUUGUUAUCAUCUUCGUGUACAUCUACACAACGCUGUAAACUACAGUACUGCUGUGAGGAGCAGCAGUACAGAACGUCAUAAUGGGUCAUUCCAAAAUGUUCAGUCUGGGAAUUCACAUUACUAACUGCCAGAAAGAUCACAGACAUCUCAGACUGUAUGGACAAUACCACGUUUGUAUCCCCCAGAGGCUCAAAAGAA